AAUAAACUUCCUUUGUCUUUCAGGGAGCUUCCUUGGUUGGGAAUAACUAACAUGGAAUUCUACUAAGCUGCAGAACUAAAGCUACUUCCACAUUUUUAAUUCAGGAGAUUUAGACCAUCAACUUCUCAAAGAAGCAGUCCCGGAACAUCAGAGAACCACUGACUCAGCGCCAGGAUGAGUGGUCUGGUGGGGAAGCUGGACCCUCGCAGGAUACAAUGGGGCGCAACGUGGAAUACUUUUACGUCCCGAGUUCUGAGGACCAAACCUGUGGAAUCCAUGUUGGAUUCCUCCAUGUCGGGCACCAGCUCCCACGGGACCAGGCUGGCCCGGGUGUUGUCCACUGUGGACCUGGUGUCUCUGGGCGUGGGCAGUUGCGUCGGGACGGGGAUGUAUGUGGUCUCUGGGCUCGUUGCUAAGGAGAUGGCCGGCCCCGGUGUCAUUGUGU